CAGAAACGGAGCCGCGCGUUGUCGUGUAUUGGUACAUGUAGCAGAGUGCGAGUGCGGGGAAGAUUUUGUGCAACUUUCUUCAGGGACUCUCUGCCUCUGAAGUUUGAGAUCGCGGUGGCUAGUUGUGUGUUACUACAAAGUGCAUUGGUAUUGAAAAGGAUCGGAUCAGGUUUCAAGCUAUAGCUGAGCGGGCUGCAGAUGUUUUGCAGUUCAGAUGAAUUCCGCUGUGCGGUUCACAGUGUCUAACUAUGGACGUUGCCAUAGUGACCUAACUUAGCGAUCGAGCUAACAUUUAACGGGUCAACCAUUAGCCUACACCGUGCUUUUCAGUUUCAGUGGAUUGGGACAAUCGUCAUAAAGUACGGUUCCCCCUCGUCCAGUGUGUGUUUUGUUCGUGUUGAAACGUGCGAGAGCGAGCGCACGCCAAUGUUCCGUUCCUGUGGCGACGCGAUCAGCUAAAGGGCGUGCUAGAGUGAGAUGGACUUAUCCAGUGAUCACUACCACCACCGGCCAAAAGCGAACGAACGAAAAAAGCAAGUGAAGCAUCGAAGCGAAGGGUUUUCGGUUAAGUGCAGCAAGUUGCCAUCAAUAAAAUAUCCAGAUCCAGCUAGUAGCGACCGAAUGCUAAUUGAUCUAAAUGCGUGGUUUAGCCGUUUAGCAUCUUUGCUCUAGGGAGAAAGUCAACAUACAAAGGCAAAAAUUUACCAUGUUCAGAUCAGUUGGGAUCAAGGUAAUAGUCUAGUUUGACCAGCUGUUGUUUUAGUUUUUUUUCUUGAGCAGUCCUAUAUGCUAAAAAGUGACCUCCUUCAAGUGUUACCCAGCUAGGACGGGUUUCUUUUCCAGUCGUUCUUUUGGUACGCGAAUCCGAAAACAAAGAAGGAGAUUAGUGAAGUGUUUAACAAAAAGCAGAGCAGAAGGGAUCUUUCUUAACGUUCGGUUGAUGAAUCUUGAAUGACGAACUAAAAGUAGGAAGCAAAAAAAAAGGCGGACCGCACUUUGCUAAGCUUCCGAAGCAUUUAGAAGAAUCAAAACAACAGGAGCAGGGAAACCGUGUCUAACCGAGGAAUGACCGUUGCUUGGCGUUGAAACUGAACUGGAGCUGAAGCAACUUGCUUGGCACAUCUUCGCAACAACAACAAAAAACCACAAAUGAUUUCAAACUAAAACCACCCAUUCGGAACCGCUAUUCAUGCUUUCCAGAUGAAGAAAUCAAAGCAAAAACGGCAGAAACAUGAACAAUUUUAUCCACCGAUCGAUGCAUCGAUGUCGGCUCAGCACGCAUCCAUACCCAGCUGCUGUCGCCAAUUGGCCCCCACUUGCCCAGAUUGUUACCCACAAUAUCCGCCCGGAACCUCCCGAAGUGAUCCCCAUUGGAUCAAUAGUAGUUCCUAUGCACAGCAACAGCAGCAUCAUCCGCAGCAGCAGCAGCAGCGAACCUAUCAGAACUCUUCCCAUCAACAUGAUUACCACCGUUCUGCCACAGGAGCCGGAGGGACGUGUGCUCCAUCCGCAAUCAUCUCGAAGCCUACCAAUAUUGUUGCCACAAUGGAACUGUUCGAGCCGCGAGCUUCUACGUCUUCCGACCAGCGUUACUAUCCCCACCAGGAUUACUCAUACGCGUACUAUGAACCAGGUGUGGCGCUCCGGCAUUCGAAUGUACCUUCGUAUAUCUUUGAUCCCGGCAGAAUCAGUGGACCAACGACACCUUCCCCUUCUUCAUCUACAACACCGAUUUCGUCUUAUUCUGGCGGAUCCAAAUCGAUGCGCUCGCUAGUGGCGCUUGGAGGCACCGGCCAGCGAAAUCGCUUGUAUUCUCCCAGAAGAUCCGGAGGUGGUAGUAGUCGUUACCCAGGCUCUCCUUGUGAAAAUAUAUACGAAGAAAUUAUUCACGAGGAAAAUGAGCGGGGCGAUGGGAUGCUACCGAGUACACCAAGUGGGCGUCUAUCAAUGUUAUCGCUGCAGCAUAGUGUCAUUGUUGAAGAAGAGUUUCGACAAGUGCAGCACUGCCAUCGUAAAGUUCUGGGUGAAUUGAAUUUAUCCGUCGAAGCUAUGCUGAUGGCCGAAAGCGGUGAUUGUCAGACGGAAAAUAAAAGUGAUUAUCGAAGAGAAGCAAAAUUUUUCCGCCGGAAAUCAUCCUUCGGGGCAGGAGGGCAGAGCACGGAUUUGGACAGUGGUUUCUCCGGUAGCAGUGGCAGCACUAGUUACAUCGGGAACCUACGGGCACGGAAAACAGAAGCAAAAAUGUUAUCCCUCCAGCAGCAAAGUCAUCAUCAAUCGAUGAUGCUGUUCGACAGGAUUGGUCAGGAAGACGCUCGUAGUGUUGUAAGUUCUAAUUCGGCGGAUCGCGCCAGUGGUGGAUCGAUUAAAGCGUUCUGCAAAGGAAAAAAUUUAAGCAAGUUGUUCAGUGGAAGCACGCGCUCGUUGCGCAAGAUGCUUGACUCCGGGGAAGCGUCCCGUCAGAAGGGAACUCUGUCGACCCCCAAUUCGCCUACAUUCCUAAAAUCGAGCAAGGUCGGUUUCUGGUCCGGCGGAAAGAGCUGGACCAAACGGUUAUCGGCAAGCGGAGCGCUGCAUAGCAGCUUUGAUGAAGAUGAAACAAAGCCCUACCAAACAGCAGACACCUCGUGGGAUAGCACUCUGUCGUUCGAUCUCCCGGCCGACGGCGGUCUUGGCAAGCGAGCUCCGGAAGCUAUUCUGAACGGUUCCGACGGCAAGCAUCACCAGCGGCAGUUAAGUACGGCAGAUCAGUUAAUUCCGUACCAGACGGAACGCACCAGUGCGAGUACCAAACUCGAAUAUAAGCCGUCAACUCGUACCGUUAGUUCCGAGGACAGCUGCUACUCAGAGGAACGGUACAUUUCUUCCGACGACGAAGACGAGGACGACGACGACGACGACGAGGACGAAAUCGACCUGGACGAGAACGACAUCCGGGAGGAGUACCUACGUGAGCAUCACCGGCGCAAUCGUCGCGACCAACCAAAGAAUUCAACGCCAAAGGAAGUAACACCAACGGCCUCUGCGUCCGAACAGCAGCAGCAGACUUCCGGCGAGCGAAGGCGCAGCAUCACUCAGUUUCAGAACACCCUCAACAAAGCAAAGUAUCACUUUUCGCUCGAUAAAUGGAAAAGUCACCACGGCGGUGGCAGCAACAGUGCAGCGGCAGCGGCAGCAGCAGCAGUGGCAGCAGCAACAACUGUGGUCAACGGGAAUCACGUCAACAGCAGCAGCAAUCGAACGUCCUGCGUAUCCCUGCCGGUGGCUGUUGCUGGUGGAGGCGCUGGCGGUAAUGUUCAACUGAUCACCGAUCUCGCUAAUAACAAUCGGAACUCGAUGCACGCAUCCACAAUGCCAAGCACAACAUCCGCCGCAGCUUCCCCGGUACCAUCGGUGGCCCUGAGCCCCGGUUCCAUUUCGCUCGCAGCAGCAGCAGCGAACGCUUCCCCCUGCUCGGCCAGUCCGUCGCCCUCGAUCUCGUCGGAACCGUUCUCUCGACUAUCGCGCUGGUUCUCGAUACGUCGCGGCUCGAUGAACCAGUACGACGUGAAGGGCCACAGUAGCGGCGGAGGCGCGAGCGUCGGUUCGGUUUCCGCUGGCGGAAAGGAGAACCGCCGCAACAGCAUCGAUCACGUCGAUUCGACCGGAUCCCUAUUCGGCGGCUCGGGCGCUCGAUACGACGGUAGCAAGCUGGCGAUGGGCAAAGUCCUGGAAGCCGACGAAGACCCUCUGCAGCUAGCACUGGAUAGCUUCGCAAUGACCCGCGGUGCAGGCGGAGAGUCGAAAGCGACCGAACGACGACACAUUCCGGUCGCACUGCCGCCGGCUCCAGCUGGACUAACCCAGCAACAGCUCAAACGAAGACUGAUCGUAGCCGCCAUCGUUCACAGUGAGAAUUCAUAUGUGGCCUCACUGCAACGUUUGGUGAAUGAAUACAAGCGACCCCUGGAGGAAAGCAACCCACCAAUUCUGAACCCUUCCAAAACUGCCAUCUUGUUUCACCGUUUGCCGGAGAUUCUUCAGCUGCACACUCUUUUCCGCAUAUCGCUUGCCGAUUAUAUUCAAAGCUGGGACAACGAGGAAAAGAUUGGCGACGUUUUCGUGGCUACUUUCAGCAAAUCUCUAGUACUGGACGUUUACAGUGGUUUCAUCAACAACUUCUCGAUUGCCAUGGAUUUAGCGCGAAUGGAAGCGAAACGAAAAUCCGCCCUCUCGGAUUUCUUCAAGGUGAAGCAGAUUAGCUCCCACGAUCGGCUGUCCUUUUUCGGACUCAUGGUAAAACCGGUCCAAAGGUUCCCGCAGUUUAUACUUUUCCUGCAAGAUCUGCUCAAGUACACCCCGCAAGGACACCACGAUCGCAUGUCGCUUCAGUUGGCUCUUACCCAGCUGGAAUCGCUGGCAGAAAUGUUGAACGAGCGAAAGCGGGAAGCAGAACAAUUCCAAGCAUUCAAGGAAAUGUUGGAGAACAUCAGCGGAACGUUCAACAUCCGAUCGCUGGUAUCCGGCGGAACAUCCGACACGGCGAUCAAUAGUAACAAUACUCGGUAUCUACUUCGGGAGGACAAUGUCACCCAGCUGGAGUUUAACCAAUCGGGGUAUAUAGUGAAGAGUAAAAAACGACGGCUUCUGUUGCUGAACGAUAAGGUCCUGUGUGUUUCGGUUGCCCCGAAGCAGUCGCACGAAUUUGGUUCGUCGGAAAAGCUUACCUUCAAAUGGAUGCACCCGGUACAGGACGUGGAAAUAGUCGACAACAACCAGUCAAUCACGUUGUCCCGGAUACUGACGGCUGGAAUGAAACGUGGCAAUAGUCUCAAAUCUAACUCGAGCUUCGAUUCGCCUCAUUUGAAUUCGGCUGGACUGUCGACGGGCGGUACAAUGAACAGCUCCUUCGGCAGUGGGCCUGGUGGAACGUUGCCCGGAACGGGCAGCGAAGCGGAUAACCUGUGCGGUGAAAUGAACGACCUGAUGCACGACUACGAGGUUAUGUCGCGUAUCAGCGAUCUGGUCGGGACACUCAAGGGAAGCUACAAGGAGAUUAACCUGGGUGUAACGAAGUCCAUCCUGGCGGAUAUUCAAACGUCGAUACAGAAAAAAGACGAAGAAAUCUCCUGGGUAGACUCGUGCUGCCUGCAGCUGGUGCUUAAGAAUGCCACCAAGGGUGGCAAGGAGGAUCUAACGUACACAUUCCAGAUCGAAAGCCCACUGGUGAAGAAGGACUGGAUCACCGAGCUACGGUUGGCGCAGCUUGCGCUAGAUGCGAACAAUUCCCCUGCCUGGCAGAUCGGAGUCGAACAAGAACACCGCCAUUCGCUAGCCAAAAUGCCUCUGUUCGUUAAGGCCUAUCCAGCGUACAAGUCGCAGCAUCAAACCGAGGUCUGCUGCGGAUGUUACUUUUCAUCGAACUUGGCUGCAUCAGGGGCAUACCGGCUCAAACCGUCCGCUCGUAAACGCCUGAAGCACUCGAACACGUUGUGGAUCUGCUCGAGUGACAAAAUUAACAGUCACGUGACUAUCCUUUCGCACAACAGCGCUCAGCACCAAAGUAACGGUGGAUUUGGCGAGGUGGCCAGGUUCAGUUUGGCCGAAACGAUCGUCACCUGUAUGGAGUACGUUAAGGAAGGGGGCCUCAUAACCGGUGAUGACAUCGGAGCGGAUUCGAUCUGGAUGGGCACAAACAACCAUCGCGUGUUGAUCUAUUCGGCUAGUUUUCCGAUCAACGAUGAGCAGCUGGUCAAUCUGUCACUGCCAGGCGUUCCUAGUCAGAUUUUGUACUUUAACGAGCGGGUUUACGUGGGUAUGACCAACGGAAGUGUGUUGGUGUUCGCCAAAACGGAGGCAGGUAUCUGGAGCUUGAAUAGUCCGAAAAUAUUGACAGUUCAAACGGAACCGAUCAGCAGUCUGCUGGCAAUCAAUAGCAGUGUAUAUUUUGCUGCUGGUAAACAUGUUUAUGUGAUCAAUGCCAGAACGAACGAGGUUGAAAAGAAUUUCCACAUAAAACACACGAAUUCGGCUAACGUGAGUUCUAACAUAAAUCUACUGGCACACUCUGGAAUCGGUUUGUGGAUUUCGCUUAAGAACUCCAGUAUCAUUUGUUUGUACCACACGGAAACGUUCAAGCAUUUGCAGGAUAUUAACAUUGCGUCAAAUGUACUGCGGGUGACUUCGUCGCACCAAAAUCCCUCUCGAGAGACCAGUUCCUCGAUCCAGGUGACUGCUUUAAUGGCUGCCAAAGGAAUGCUGUGGGUCGGAACAAACGUUGGCAUUACGCUAACAAUUCCAUUGCCGCGACUCGAAGGAGUUCCCAUCAUAAGCGGAGGAGUAAACAUUUCCUACCACGCGCAUCUGGGACCGGUAACUUAUCUACUUCCGCUGGUUACAAAGUCUUACCAUCCGCUAACACCGACUCAGGCAACAAAAGCAGUCAUUCAACAGGAUGUUUCUGAAGUAAAACCAGCGUCAAAUGACGCAAAGGAGGAACCUCGGGCUGCGGAGCAGUCAAACAGUAAACCGGAGGAUACGAAAAAGCAAAAAGAAACCGCCGCCCUGAAGGAACAGAUCUGCUCCAGUCCGGUGAUACUCCGGCGUAAGAAGCCACCACCCAUGGAUUCGGGUCGGAUGACGAAAACCCUUCCUCGAAAUCUGCGUACUAGCAGUGGAGCUUUCUCCCCGUCCAUCCACUCAACACUUUCCUCCUCAUCACAAUAUUCGGAUCAGGGUUGUGAUGUGUAUGGAUUGUACAGCGACCUCAUUUUCGUCAAAGAGGACAUUGAAAAUCAGGAAGAUCGCAACAUUUUGGAUCCAAGCUACGAUUACCUUCGUCGAAGCGACCCGGAUAUAGCGGCCAUACCGGCAAAGGUUUCCACUUUGGAUCGACGGCUUCGGAUGAAGGUGAGUCGACCGAGGUCACUCGAUCUUUCCAAUUGGUCCAUGGAAUCACGUUCGUCCAGCGUGUACACCUCUUCCGGCAGCGACGAAAACGUGGGCGGUCGCAGCGGAAGUGGCAGCAAAAACGUUUCCCGAAACAGCUCCAGUGCUAGUCACAAAAUGAACAAUUCCGACCUGGAUAACAUCAACGAAAAUGAAGUGGCCAUGCUGCAGCAGAAAAAACCGGCAACCGAGCCAACUGCCGGUGCUCCCAAAGAAACAGCGGCCGUUGUAGCGGAAGUUGAAAAGUAUCCCACACAUACAGCCAAACGAAAAAAGAAUCAGUCGACAAAUGCUGGCGGUGGUGGUGAUAAUUCCGGCAAUGGAAACGGCCGCCGGACGAUCCUUACGCUGACCGGUGGCCGAGGUUAUGUCAACUGGCGACACAUUUGGGAACGAACCGGUCCGGUAGAUGGCAGUGGCAGCAAAUCGGCUACCAGCUCGCCGCAGAACAACCACCAGCGAACUAACUCGGUCACGUCUUUGGCCGGGCUGGGUCAGACCAACUCAACCGAUGCUCACAUUAUCAUUUGGGAGAAAAAAUUGUAGGUUUUUGUAAUCUCCAGAGUGUAAAUACGGACGGUAGUCUUGGAUCAGGUCGAAAAAAAUUUCUGGCUUAGGAAUAAGGUUCAAAACGUAUACGUUUGUAUACAACAGAAAACUUUAUCCCAGUGAACUCUGGCUAAGUGCUGAAACUCGUAAAACCUUAUAGGACAAAAGUUAGGAAGUCGUGAUAGAAAUUAUGUUUGUUGUACACAUUUAGAAUGCAUUUCACCUCUCAUUAAAGCUCUCCUAGUGCUAACUCACAUUUCACUACAUCCUUCCAAUUGAAUUCGGAAAUUACAAACAGAUGUAUAUUUACCAAAUUUCCAAUUUCACUAACAGCACACACAACACACCACACACAUACACACACCGCAGGCAUACGCGAGCUACGGAGAGAUUUGUUAGUUGUACAAAGCACAGAUUCGUUUGAAUCGAAAAAAGAAGAAAAACGCAAUUUAGAAAAAUAUGAAUUUAUUCAUCCUCUCACAAUCAUAUACGAUGUCUUCUAACAACGUUAGAGUGAAAGCGAAACCUCACACAACAGAUCAAAGUGGUAUUUAUUGUUACUUUGUAAGAGCUGCUACUAGCCGUUUGUUACUCGAAAGAUUUCUGAUCUGUAAACCAAAAAACAAAGCCUCUAUCUCUCAUACUUAUACUGUCCCAAUUUUCUGUCCGGUUCUAACAGUAAUGGUAAUAAUUAAUUUCACAGCGAAACAGAAAACAGAUUUAAAUCCUUCGGUACCUUAUUUACUUGGUCAAUCAGCGAAAAAAAGAAACAACCGAAAAACUUUAUCGUUAGGUUUCUUUUGGAAUAGAAAGCAAGUUCAAUGUUGUUUUGAACGGUGUUUGGGCUUUAUAUUGCAUAGGCGUAAUAUUCUAUACUAGAUUAUCAGUUCGUUAGUUUUUAGUACAAAAUAAUCGAUUUUAUCUUUUGUACAGAACUAACACGGCUAAGCUUGCCUGAAUAGAUAGGAGAUGGUCGAGUAAACAAAUCACAAUAUCGAUGCGCGACAGAAGGACAAAAGUUUGUCAAAGUUUCGUUUAAUGGUUAAGUUAAUUAUCAUUGUUCUUACUUUGUUCAUUUGCCAAUAAAUUCUUAGAAUUGUUCAUGCAUUUCCAUCCUUUUCUGCUUCAGAAUUCAUUGUAUAACAAAAUUCAUUCCUAUCUCAAUUUCUACGAAACAUCAUUUAACAAUUGUUUGCUAAAUAUAUCUGUAAUAAAAAAAAAAAAUCAGAAAAUGAAAAAUCUCGGUGGCAACAAAAAAUUUAUCCUGUAAUAAAGGGAACUAGAUGUUCACUAUUUGUAAAAAGCGAAAAUCAAACCCGAUUGGUUGCUGCUUAAUCUACCAUGAUAUCACUACCGAACACACCUCAGAACGGGCAUCGCAUGAUGAAUGCAAUCCACACACAUUUUCAACUGCGCAUGGUUCGUGAAUGUUUCUUUUCAGAGUGCAUGUAUCAGUUUGUUCUAUUUAUCUGUGAUUGAUAAAUCAAAGUGAUAGUCGAGAUUUCUGUUUCUGUUUCUGUUUCUGUUUGCAGCACAAGGUGGGGCAGUUAGAGCCAAGUCUGUCCAGGGCUGAGAUAAGGUGGUUGUGAUAAUGUUAAAAGAAUCCGUGCG